AUGACACACUUUAGUACAAUAGAAGAAGAGACACUAAUUUAUGGUUGGGUCAUAGCAAGCAACGAUCCGAUUCAUGGAAAAGAUCAAAAAGGUGCAAUAUUUUGGGGAAAGAUAAUGGAAGAAUACAAUAAAAGAAAAGGUCCCAAUGGUGUCGAAAAAGAUAGAAAGGCAUUACGAACAAAGUGUAACACAUUGAGAGCCGAAGUGAAAAAAUAUAUUUUAUAUAUUAGACCCUACUUCCGAAGUAGACCUCCGGGGAUGACCGAGGAGGAUUACUAUCGUCGUGGAAGAGAGAAUUAUGUAGCAGCGACUAAAAAACAAUGGACGCACGAAUCGAUUUUUCAGAUCCUGAAGACUUAUCAACCAGAUUACAAUCCAGCGGUGAAUAAUGAUGAUGGAGUCGGUACUUCUACUCAACCUAGUCAACAUACUCAAGCUACUGAAGAAAAUGAAGUUGAUAAUUUGGAUGAAGAAUUUCAAAAUAUGGCAAGGUUUGGUAGCUCUUCAUCUACUCAUAAUUCUGAAACCUCGGACAUAUCAAAGAGAAGGCGUUAUUUUGAACAAACAACUGACGUUAGAAGUGAAGGGAGAGAUCAAGCAAAGAAAAGGGCUCGUGAGGCUAAAGCAUCGCAUAAAUCAGAUGAAAAAUUGGAUAAACUCAUCGAACUUCUUGAAAACGCACAAACACAAAGAAUGAAAAAAUAUGAAACAGAGGAAGAGUAUCUGAAGAAGGACAUGGAAAACUCUUCAAUUUUGGCACAAACGCAGCAAAGAGAAUCGGACAUGAAGAUCCUACGUCAACACUUGGAUGAAUUACAAGAAUGGGAGAAACCCGUCUACAAAAUAUGGAAGAACGAGAUUUUAGCCCGUCAUGGAUUACCACUUAUCCCCUAA